CCUAAAGUGUGGGAGUUUAAACCGUCAGUGGAUACAACUGGACACCUGUGCUCAGAUCAUAUUUGCAUAAGAACAACAAUGAGCAAUCAGGAAGAUGCCUGGGAGAGAUUAGAUGCUGAGUUUGAUCACUUUCUUGUCGACAUGAAGCCAUAUAUCCUCAAGUUACCUCAAAAACAAGAACGGCAGAGAUGUGCAUUAUGGAUUAAAAAACUGUGUGACCCCUCUGGGGCAGGAGCCGGAAUUACAGGCAGAAAGAAUCGGAACUUACACACAAAGUUGCUUCUCCAUAUGCUGAAGCGCGGUGUGCUGGAAGGGCCCUUUACCCAGAAACCCGAGGCAGGAAUGCUUAAAACAUUACCGACAUAUAUGUCCAUAUACUUUGAUGAGCCAAAUACUUCCCGGUCUCAGACUGCUGGUUCUGAUGGGCUACCUGACUGGGUAUUGGGGGAACUGGAGACCAGCGAAAGGACAGAUGACUCCUGGAAAAUGUCUCUAAAAGAAGACCCAGCAUCUGGGAUGUCUCCACCAAAACAGCAAUACCAAUACAGAAAUAAACUCACCUCACGAUCUCUGAGCUCUAUACACAGACUUGAAGAGGACAACCUUGCCUUGCAUCAUACGCGUGACCAUCUAAAGAAAACCUCAACCAGUCUGGAUGACAGCGACAUUGAAGCUCGUUUGAACAGCUGGAAUCUUGGGAUAGAAAACCCCAGGUAUUUACGUGAGAAGCCGAUCCCUCUGUCUCCGAUAUCUCCCAAAACUAGUCUUGGGAAAAGUGCCUCGUUAAGAGAUGAACAGGUACUCUUGCGCCUACAUGAGAAAGAGAUAUCUCCUAAACGUGGUCAUGGGAAAAGCAGUACACUGAGAGAUGAGCAAGUGCUUUUAAGAUUACAUGAAAAAGAGAUGUUAAUACCAAACAGGAGAGAUAUCACUGAUGAAUCUGCGGAGGAAUCCCUUUCCCAUAGUGGGUUACAUUUUAACAAUACUGACAUGAAAAUCAAGGCGCUGGAAGCCAAAUUCCAUGAGGAGAAACUGAAACUCCAGCAGAAACAUGAUGCGGAUGUGCAGAAGAUUUUAGACCGAAAGAAUAGAGAGACAGAGGACUUAAAGACUCAUUAUAGAAGCAAACAGAAUGAGUCAGAAGAGACCAUAAGGAAGCUUGAGAAGAAAGUUCAGACACUGCUCCGGGAAUCUCAAGUGAUUAGAGAGUCCAAAGAGUCACAAAUAACAGAAUUAAAGAAGCUUUGUGAGCAGAGCACAGAAACACUGAAGAACGAAUGGGAGAAAAAGCUCCACGAUGCCGUGGCAGACAUGGAGAAGGAAAAGCUUGAGUUGCAGAGAAAGCACACAGACAACAUUCAGGAGUUACUUGAUGACACAAACACGCGGCUCCAGAAAAUGGAAUCUGACUACAUGGCACAGACAAAAGCGAUUACACUGACUGUGAAGGAGCUGGAAGCUCGAGUUCAGCAAAUGACAAUAGAAGCAGAGAACAGUAACUUACAGCGCCAGAAAUUAUCACAAGAAAAUGUAGAGCUUGAGAAGUUGUACCAGGCAGCAGACAAUGAGCUGCAGGAGUUACAGACAAGAUGUACUUCUUUAAUUAAAGAGAGAGAUCGUUUAACACAGGACUAUGAGAAAAGAAUCCAGCAGUUACAGAGCAAAUAUGAUUCCGACCUCAGUUAUAUCACACAACAGAAUGCUGUGUCAGCCGCAAAAGCAUCUGAUGUUAUUGAAGAAUUGGAGCUGCGGGUCUCUCAAUUAAAACAACAUCUAGAAGAAUCAGAACAUCAAAGGCAGCAGCAACUGAGGGACCAAGAGAGUAAAUUUCAGAAGGAGAAACUUCAUCUGGAGCGUCAAAAUGAGAAAAAGGUGCAUAAUCUUCACAAGGAACUUGAAGAAGCAACAGAAACUUCUCAAAAGAAAUUAUCCAAGGCAGAAGCAAUGCUGAAGGAGAGAGACGAGCAGCUGACACGGCUCACCGAGGUUCAGAGGCUGCAGGCACAGCAGGCUGACACGGCCCUGGAAGAGUUCAAGCGACAGGUGGAGGCAAACACUGAGAAAGUCUACUCUGAAAUGAAGCAGCAGAUGGAAAAAGUUGAAGGAGACCUCAGUCUUUCAAAAUUUCUUAGAGAAAAACAAACCAAGGAAUAUACCCGGCAGCUAGAGGAACUCAAGCAAAGCUAUGAGCAGAAGAUAGUAGAGCUCAAGCUGGAGUAUGAACAGGAGAAGACAUACCUUUUCCAGCAACACAAUACAGAGAAAGAAGGAAUAAUCAAGGACCACGAACAGGAAAUCGAUAGACUGGAGAAGCAGCUCAGGAGUGCCAUGUCGGAGCAUGAGAAGAAGACUCAGGCAUGGAGACAGCAAGAUGCGCAGACAAUAUCCAACCUGGAAGCUCAAGUGUACAAACUGAAAGAAGAGCUGAUCAAAGUGAAUACGCAACGCAAGCAGCAGUUGGUGGAGCUGGAACAGCUAAGAGACGAGGAGAACCACAAGACGGCUCAGGAACAUGACGCAGCAAUGAACAAGCUGAGGACAGAUAUGGAGUUAAUGAAGCUCAACUUGGAAAAGUCUCAUGCAACUCAGACUGAGCAGACAAUUGAGAAGGCCAACAGCAGGUUGAAGCAGAUUGAGAAGGAAUACAAGGAUAAACUUGCCAAAUCAACUCAGAUGGUAUCUGAGCUCCAAGCCACCAUUUCUUCUAUGCAACAAGAGACCAGCCAGAAGCUACACAUUAUGGAGAGGAGACUUCAAGAAACAUCUCAGAAACAUGAAGAGGAGAAAAGACAUUUGAUGAAAGAAAAUGAAAAAACAAUAAAGCUUUUGAAAGAUGAAGUUGAAAACUAUUGCACUCAGCUCCGAUCAGCCGAAAAACAGCUUCAGGAGAGAGAACUGUCAAUGCAGGAACAGGUGACAAAUAUCCGCCAAGAUUACGAGCUAAAGAUGAAGGGUCUGAUGCCCAAAGCCAUGCGGCAGGAGCUCGAAGACACAAUUACGUCAUUGAAAUCACAGGUGAACUUUCUACAGAAGCGAGCAAACAUCCUACAGGAAGAAUUACAGAUAUAUCAAAGAAAAAUGUAAGCACGGUUAUGAUUGAGUACGGAGUAUAAAGAAAAAGACCAAUUCUUCUUCAGUCAAACUGUGAGAUUUUAUCUAAUAAAUAUGUGCAAUUCUGUACACAUUUCAGUAUUUAUUUAUUUUUUCCUAUUCAUUGUAUUUUUCCUUUUUUAUUUUAAAUUUCCCAUCUUUGAAACACAGAAAUCUGAUUUUUUUUCUCGAGCAUCCUUUGUAUGCACAAACCUCUAAACUCUUUUUUGGUUGUUUGAACACAAAGGAUUAUACUAAAGCGCAUUUCCCAGAGCUGUGCAGUGCACAUUUAAUUCACAUUUUAUGCACUUCAGAUGUCUACAUUUUCAUGCAAAAAAAACUUCUGCAAUGUUUAAUUCUCUUUUAAAUACAUGAAAGACAUUUUGGAUUUCAGUGUCCCAUAAUCCCCUUUUGUUUCAUCCCCCCCCCUGUCAGCCAUAGCGUAAAUAUGAAUAUAUCACAUAUUCCUUUGUGCAGUGUGAAACGUCAAUCCAUGUUUGUCUUUUUGUUGUAUCAAUCUCAUAUUUAACCAUGUUUAAAAAAUAUGUAUUAUUUUAUAUUAUUUAAUAUACACUGUUAUUGUUUACAUCUUGUAUUUGCUUGUUUUAUCUUUUUUUAUAUAUAUAUAAAAUUAAAGAUUUUUUUUAUA